CGGAUCCUUGAGCACUUACAGUAGGCAAGGUAGUGUAUGCUAGUAGAUGUCCAUGACUUCACGGGCAGAUAUACCAAACAUUCCGGACAGCGACGGCUAUGAGCCUAUACCCGGCAAUGAUGCUGGCUCUCCAAGUUUGGGUUUCAGAACGCGAUUGUCCUUCACUUGGGUAGGCUUGGCUAUGUUGCUCUGUUGGAACGUGUUCCUGGCCUCAUCCUAUUCUAACGUAUACGAUGACCCUAUUGCCGAUGCUCCGAGGGUGAAGACAUACAUCACCUCUACAUUUACGGCUGUCAAUCUUUUUACGAUACUGUCACUCAAUUAUCUCCCUGUGAAAGCGUCUUAUUACAAUCGAGUCUUUGUUCCUUUGUCUAUCCUGACCAUAGUGUUUGGUUUGCUCUUUGCCGCUCUCAAGCUAGCCGGUUCGAUGAUGAGGAAUACUUAUUUCACGGCCGUAAUCGUUACGGCGAGCCUCAUUGCAGGUGUGUGUACGGGUUUUAUUCAAAACGGAGUUUUUGCCGGUUUAGCCAUGGAAUUACCAGAAGCGGGUGCUUAUCUGAUGAUUGGUCAAGGAAUUGCUGGGGUCUUACCCGCCGUAGCUGAGAUGGUGUUCCUUUUCUUGUCAAGCCAUGGUACUCUCGACAGUACCUCGAUGUAUUUCGGUUUUGCAGGCCUUACGUCUCUCUUUGGAGUUCUGGCGUUUAUAAACAUCGGACGAACAUUCCCCUUCAUUCGACAGUCUGUGUCGGCUCCUGGAUUAUCAGACGCACAAACGCGAACCAAGGCUGCUCUAGUACAGCUUCCGUACUCUGCAUUUGCAAUCGUAUGCACAUUCGCAGUCACGUUAUCGCUCUUCCCAGCCUUCACGUCCUCCAUCGCACCCGCCAGCGGCUCUGCGUUAACUGGUGGUUACUUCACCGCACUGGGUUUCCUCAUCUGGAAUUCGGGCGAUGUCCUCGGUCGAACGAUUACGCUACGAGUGGUGGACAUCCUUUCUCACGAAACGCUAGCCAUUGCCUCUGUCAUGCGUAUCCUGUUCCUACCACUCUUCGUCUCCUGCAACGUUCGUGGCAAGGGAGCCAUCUUCCCGAGUGACAUGUAUUUCUUCAUGGUUAUGUUUCUCUUCGGCGGAACGAACGGCCUGGUCAGCACGGCCUCGAUCGUAAAGUCUGGUCAGACGGUGGCUGCGGAUCUGAAGGAAGCUACAGGCUCGCUCGUAUCGAUGCUGGUCUGCUUGGGUCUUUUGUGUGGGUCUUUAUGUAGUUUUGCCAUCACCGCCCUCUUUUCGACAUGAUCCCAUGAUGUCUGAGCAUACACAUUGAUGGACUCAUUCGCACUUGCAUUGAAAGUACUUACUCCCGGCGCAUUUUGGCAACAUGCCAAAUCUCACUGAUUUUUCAACCCUAUUACACCUUAUUCUUCUA